CACAAAGGCCACGGGACAAAAGGAGGGCCAAAGCAGGCGUCUCCUUUCAUCGCCAGGCCCCAUCUCCCGUCCCAUUAUCCUGGACAGCAUGGUAGACAUGCGCUAAGCGGCGCGCCAGGCGUAUAUAACACGUCCGCCUCGUCCUCCAUGCCCCGAGCUCCUACCACCUCAGCCGCCGCUCGAAUACCCAACGCCUCUGAUUUCACGCCACUAACGACAUGUCUGUAUCGAUAGAGAUCCAGCCACACUCGGCCUCGCUGGAUAUGUACGGCGAGCCGGACAAGUCCACCGCGUAUUCGCUUUCCGGAGACAUUGUCAUCUCCGUUUCGUCCCCAUUCACCUUCUUCGAACGUCGCAAACCCGUCCGCAUCGUACUGCAGUCUCUCACCAUGGUGUUUGAGGGCCAGUGCGAACUGAUCACCGAGGACACCGGCUAUGUCCCGUUCCGCGUCUGCAGUCUCUCGAAUGAGCUUCUCGCUGGGCAGACCAUCGAAUUGAGCAACGAAGGGCAUGAAGAGGACGACAAGCCCUGCGUCUGGAGCGUCGCAUACAACCUGGUCGCUCCUGGCUGGCUUCCGGCAUCUGCAGUCUAUGGUGACCACCGGGGCGAAGCCGGCACCCGCUAUGCGCUCUACGCGUCGGCCAAGUUCCUCACUGUCGACGACGACGCAAAUCGUUCGUGGUUCUCGGCUUGCUGUUCGUCGUUCCGCUCGCGUUCUCGUGUCGUCUCCGCGCCCAGGUGCCCCGUUACUGUGAACCGCUACAUCAACGUCUCCGGGGAGAACAGUCGCCCUACCGUUGACUAUAGCGUCCAGGCAGAGCCUCGGGCUGAUGUAGAGCUUGCAUCCAAGUUUCCUCUUCAUGUUAUGUCGAAACUACGCGCGGUCAUCUCAGUACCAACUUACGCCGACGUUGAGGACUCGUCGUUCCCUCUUUGUAUGCGUCUCCGCAUGCAAGAUCUCCCGGACGCAGAAUGCAAACGCGUUCGCUUGACCGAUUUCUCUGCUGAUGUCGAGCAGUCGGAACAGUGUCGCUCGGAGCCCUCUUCGCUGUACAAGACGCUCUUUCCCGUCCCUCCGGCCUCGGAACAGCCUCCGUGCAGACCUCUGCGCGACCCCAACGCCGCUCACGCUUACUACGACGUCGGCUUGGCAGACGUCCCUCCGUCACAUCACAGCCUCACUGACACCCGGUCGCUCCUCCCCAGGGACUCCUUCGGCCAAUUCGCUCUCGCCGGCGACGGCUACGUCUUCAAGGACGACGCGGCGCCCGAGAACGCAUCGACGUGGUUCUCGCUCCGCACGCACAUCCCCGUCGAUAACACGCGCCGGAGCUCCAAGACCGGUACGCGCCGCCUUCGCGAGACGGGAAUGAGCCCGCUCUUCGUCGUGAGCCAUAUGCUGCAUGUCAAGAUGACGUGCACAUACGACUUGUCGGAGGGCGGGGAGGAAGAGCCAGAGCGCGCGACGGAGGUGCUGCAGUUCAGCGUCCCGCUGCGCUUCGCGCGCAUCCAGCGCAACGCGCCUGAGCCGACCACGCUGGGCUACCUUUCGAGUCACGCACAAGUACCCUCGAUGGAUGAGCCGCAGGGUUCGUUGUUCGCGGCGCUAUUCCCGAUGGCGAGCCUACCGUAUGCACCAUCCCUCCCGGCGUACUCGCAGCUUUUCGACGCGAACGGGGACCGCAAGAUCGACUAUUCUGUGCCGCUUCCGGCGUACAGUCCACGUUCAUCCCCGGCCGCUUCACCGACGUCUUCCGUAACGAGCCUCGACCUGCUACUUGCCCCGGGCCCAAGCUCUUCGAGCAAUAACAUGCUGGACUACUCGGAAGCUGCGCUUCCUGGGUACUCCAGGGCAUGAAAGUUGCGCAUAGUUGCCAUCGGCUGCAUCCUCCUCCCAACGCACCUUCGCCUGUAGAAUUCGACCUUCGACCUCUCGUGCCUCUCGUUGCUCGUUCGCUCUUCUGUUGCUCUCACUGCCCCGUUUCUGCUUUCGAUGCGCUAGCGCCUCUGCUUCACUCGUUCCGGUUACAUCUCCAUGACUCUGUAGCAUCCAUCCGCCUUGACAUACCUGUAGCCAUACUUGCCCAUCGCAUGACCGAUAUGACACUUAGCGUUCCAGUUGACUCGU